AUGGACAAAGCCGUCGAUACAGUUACGCGUGACGCCGAAGACCGCCGCAACAGUCUGCUGCAGAUACGCUAUGCAACCGGCUCUCAUGGUUUCGGCAACGUUGACAAGCCGAGCUUGACCGAUGACCGCGAUGAUCUCGACUUGGACGAUAUCACGAGAGAUUUGACUGCUCUGUCUGAUGCUUGUGCAGGUAUUGCUGCUGUGUGCAAGACCCAGUUUCGCUUCAUUGAUGCCAUAAAAAGUAUGGAGCUGAGCGUCGAGCCAGGAAAAGCUCCACAGAAUGAGGAAGAAACUGAACUCCUGGAGGCCUGUCACCAGCGAUUGGGGUUUAUUGCGCAACUGUUGCAGGGGAUUGAAUCAAAAGUCAUGUAUACGAACGCUUCCGCGCAAGGGCAGAUACAAACGGUAUAG